CAUGCAAACACUGGCUGUUUGUGGUACAGUGGCAUGUUUAACAAGAAGAGAGUAGAUUGAAAAUUGUACAGAUUGUAAAACCCCCUGAGCUAAAUAGUGAUUUGUGAUAAAAAUUGAUUUGACUUGAGAUAGAAACAUGCAGCGGACUGUUCAGGUCAUUGUUGUUCUUCUCAACAUUGUAUGGAUUGUCUUCUUUUUACAAACAGAUCCUUCCUCAGUGUCCGUACAGAGGAGAAGCUCUGACAGCUCUGAUGAGGAGAUGCUGUUUGGAGAGUUUUGUAUUCAGCCUGAAUCUGACAUGAACUGGACAUCAACUCUACAUCCAGCCAACGACACCACAAAUAAAACCAACAACACCAACACAACCACUGAAGAGUGUGCACCCAGAAACUUCACACUGCAUAAAAGCAGCAACCUAACCGAUGUGAUCAAAGGUCACAGCCAGGAGACGAGUACACAAGCAAAAGACCUUCACAUUUCACAGUUGUCAUUGGUUGACCUGAGAACUCCUGCACCAGGAAGCAAACCCAGAGUAAAGUUUGAGACACAUCCAGCCGGGUCCCCUGCUGUGGCAAGACGGCCUUCUUCUUCUUCCUCUUCAAAUGCAAUCUCUUCUGAUGACUGCUGCUUUAAAUUCUACCCAAGAAGAAUCAACAGAAAUCUCAUCUUUGAAUAUUACCUCACUGAUAUGCGGUGCCCAACGACUGGAGUCAUCUUGGUCACAAAAAAACAUCGUCACAUCUGUGCUGAUCCAGGUCUCCCCUGGGUUCAGAGCAUCUUGGAUCAUGUGGACAGAAGCUCCUAUUAAACCAGCCGGCUGCGGCUACUGUUGCUUUCUCAAAGCUCAUAUACUAUAAAAUUCAAUGUUUAUAACUUUAAACAGACUAUAGUAAAGAUUUUAGUAUUAUAUAAUAUGAAAACCUGCCACAGUUUAGUAUAAUUUUGGACCUUGGUUACCACAGUGGUGGGUACGACCAUGCUUACCAGGGGUGGCAGUACUCAACAAGAAGUAAGGGUGCUCAUGUGGACAAAAAUCUAAAGUGCCAGCCCAUUUCAGGCACUGCUAUUAAACCAUCUGUCUUGUUUGACUUUAAAGGAUUAGAAUGGGUUUAUGAGCUAAACAAGGACUGUGGAUUUUGUCCCCAUGUUUUACAGUGUAGUCAUGCAACUAUGAGAUCUCUUACAACAAAUAACUCUUGCAAUGUACAUAUGUCUGAAAAAUAAAUCUCAAUCUUUUACUAACCUGUUACCUAUUACAACUACUUACUCUGGACAGAUAACUGCUACCUUUUCCCAGCAUUACAUUUCUGUUACUACUCUGAAUAGUUAUAGUUACUAAAUUUGGCCUAAAAAUCUCACAUAGUGCACAAAAUGAAAUGUAUCAAGUGAGGUUAUCAAACAGUGACCACAGUGUAUAUGUUUAUCAUUGAAUACAGUAUUGUCAUUGUAUGUAAAUCAGUAUCUGAAAUGAUGUAGAGGAUGAAUAUGCUGUAUUACUGUAAAAAUAGACAAUGUGGUCAAAAUGGUGAUUUUGACUGUUCUUCAUUGCAUCACUCAUAAUAAUAAUGUAGGUGUGCAAAUCAUUAAAAUAUUCAAAAACA